UACAACAAAAUACGAGCAACAAAAAGAAAAACAACGGCAACAAAAUGGCUCAACGAAGUCAUCAAUAUUUUAGUUUACGAUGGAACAACUAUCAGAACACCAUGACUUCGGUGUUCCAACAGUUGCGCGAGGAUCUAUCGUUUGUCGAUGUCACCCUCUCCUGUGAACAUGGUUCACUCAAGGCCCACAAGGUGGUCCUAUCCGCUUGUUCAUCAUAUUUUCAAAAGCUUCUCCUUGAGAAUCCCUGCAAACAUCCAACGAUUAUAUUGCCGGGCGAUAUUAUAUUCACAGAUUUGAAAACCAUCAUUGAUUUUGUAUAUCGCGGUGAAAUUGAUGUUACCGAAUCUGAAUUACAGGGUCUCUUGCGUACUGCUGAGCAAUUAAAAAUCAAAGGUCUCUGUGAAACCGCCGAAAAUGCUGAUGAUCUAAAUGAUGCUGCCACAGCAACUAUAACCGUUUCGGAGAAUAUACAACAAGCCGUAGUUGGUAAUAUUGUCAAUGCUACGGUAGUACCGGGACAAUCCUCACCACCCAUACCCCAGCAACAUCAUCACCAACAACAACAGCAGCAACAACAACAGCAGCAGCAACAACAGUUAGCCAAUACCGCUGUACUCACACAAGCUGUCAGUCCCAAUAGUGCACAACAAUUGGCCGCUGCCGGACAAUUGGUAACCUCUACACCCAUAUCAUCGCAACAAUUAAGCGGUGGUCGUAAAUCUAGAGUACGCAAACGUUCAAAAUCACCGGAUAUAAUAUUGGGACAUCACGAACAACAGACCCAACAACAGCAGCAACAACAAAAUCAGCAACAUCCUCAAGCUAUAUUAAUACAAAAUCAAAAUCAAGCGGCUAUUGUAAGUCUACAGCAGACAUCAUCUGGAAAUUAUAUACCCGUAUCCGGUGUACAAACAGUUACAACUAGUGUAGCAGGCGGUGGACAGCAACAACAACAGGAGGGUGGCUCGGCGAUAAACACAGGCGAAGAUUCAGAUUCGGAAAAGCCAACAUUACAAAAAAUUUGUAAAACUGAAGCAUCAUCGGCUUCGCCAGCAUCUGCAUCUUCGGCAUCAGCAUCGAAUAAUGCUGGUGGUGUAACUACCGUAACGGCACCGGGAACAGCAAUUGUAACACAAAUUGUAGUAGCUAGAGACGGAAAAGAUAAAAAUAUGACUAGUUUAGGCAUGGGAAUGAAUGGUGGCAUUCUAGGAGUACCAAUGGGCUUCUUAGAUUUUGCCCCAGAACCACCGGCACCAUCAGCGACGCCAGUUACGGUUACAGAACACGUAGACUUGUCAUGUAACCCCAGUACGGAUACCAGAGAUUUAUCAAACCCAUCCGAACCGCUCGAUAUCGACAAUCAUUUGGCCCAACACAUGAUACAACGGCUCGAUCAAUCUCCAAUGCACUCGAUGCACCAUCAAACCGGUGAUGAAUCAAAUUCAAAUCUGGUACAGCAAAUUAAAAGAGAAGUCCUCGAUGCCAAACAGCAGCAUCAACAACAGCAGCAGCAGGUUCAACAGCAACAGGCUGCUGCUGCAGCUGCCGCCCAUCAUCAGGCACAACAACAACAGUUGCAUGCUCAACAAAUGGCAGAGGCGCAAAGUCAAAGUCAUCAACAGCAGCAACAGUCGCAUCAGCAACAACAACAAUCACACCAGCAGCAACAUCAUCAACAAACCCACCAACAACAACAGCAUCAUCAGGACAUCACGGGUGCAACAGUGAUGGAGAUUGAUCCGAGCCAAAUAAAACAUGAACCGGGCAUGAUAAUAACACCGGAAAUUGUAAAUAUGAUGACCACCGGGCAUAUGGAUAUGUAUAACUCUGAUACAAGCGAUGAUUCGAUGAUGAUUGCCAAUGGCUCACCACAUGAUCAAAAUGAACCACACUAUACUAAUUUAGAUCAGCAGCAUGGUGGAGAUAUGAAAGGUCAGUUUAAUGGUCCCAAAACUUGGACACAAGAUGAUAUGAAUUCAGCUUUAGAUGCAUUGAAGAAUCAAAACAUGAGUCUGACGAAAGCAUCCGUUACCUAUGGCAUCCCCUCCACUACACUAUGGCAGCGAGCCCAUCGCAUGGGCAUUGAGACACCGAAGAAGGAAGGAGGCACCAAAUCAUGGAAUGAAGACUCGUUAAACAAUGCUUUGGAAGCAUUACGCUCUGGACAAAUAUCAGCGAAUAAAGCAUCGAAAGCCUUUGGCAUACCUUCAUCGACGCUGUAUAAGAUAGCUAGACGUGAGGGUAUACGAUUGGCUGCGCCAUUCAAUGCCGCACCAACAACAUGGACACCUGACGAUUUGGAACGGGCAUUGGAGGCCAUACGUGCGGGUCAUACAUCCGUACAGAAGGCAAGUGCUGAAUUUGGUAUACCAACAGGUACCCUCUAUGGUCGUUGUAAACGUGAAGGCAUCGAAUUAUCACGCUCCAAUCCUACUCCCUGGUCGGAAGAUGCUAUGAAUGAAGCUUUGAAUUCAGUGCGAAUUGGCCAAAUGUCCAUCAAUCAGGCUGCUAUCCAUUAUAAUUUGCCCUAUAGCUCUUUGUAUGGCCGUUUUAAACGCGGUAAAUAUGAUGUCUCCAAUACAAGUGGAACUUCCAUAAAUAAUACAUCGGGCAAUACAUCGGGUAGCAUUGAAAUUAUCGAACACAGUCAAGAGAAUUCGUUGCCUAUGUUUCAGCAACAAUUCCAAUAUAGUCCAUCACCGCAUCAGCACGGUGGCAGUAGUACACCGCAACAAAGCCAAACACCACAACAUCUGCAACAACACGUAGUCCAUAUACAGCAGCAACAACAACAGCAGCAGCAACAUCAUCAGCAGCAAUCGCAACAUGCCCAACAUAUCCAACAGCAACAGGAUGUUGUUACCUCAUCGAGUCAGCAGCAGCAAGUUCAGCACGCCAGCAAUUCAGCCGCAGCGGCAUCACAGCAACAACAACAACAGCAGCAACAACAACAAAUUCAGCAGAUCUAUCAUCACCACAGUACACCCGAGAGAAGUUGAGAAUCACUGCAAGUGGUACCAGCAGCAGCUACAGUUGCAGCCGCUGCUGUAGCGGCUGCGGCAGCAGCAGCCAAUUUAAGUAUCGGCGGCGUUGGUCAUCAUACAACAACAACA